GGCAGGAGCUGUUGGGGGGAAAGGAAGAGGAAUCAGAGCCCAGGCGGAUCCUGAUGAUUUCUCCUUCCCAAAUCUGACGUGAUCGUCUGGUUCAAAAGAGGGGAAGAACUGUGGGUCCCAGAUCUCCAGGGCUCUGCAGAGAGGGAGAUGUCGAGAGGUACCUGCGCAGUGCAGGGAAGGACUCAUGUCUGGAUUCUCUAUCCCGGCACGUGAUGGGACGGUGAGUGAGAACCAGGGGAGAAAUCCUCAGCAGGAUUGUCCUGAACAAGUGGAACCCCAUGGGACAUUAUCAGGAAGAGCUGAAGGGCAUGUCUCCCAGGACCCCGAGCGGGGAGAAGGCUGUGGGAUUCGGCACAGGCUAAAGAGGCAGCAGGGAAAUCAUCCAUCAGAGAAAGGUGGCAAAUCCAACAAUGGUGUGGGAGGUUGCAAGGGCCUCAAGGAAACCCCAGCCCAGCCGAGAAACCCCGAGGGGGAGAGAAGACACACGUGUACUGAGUGCGGGAAGAGCUUCAAACGGAGCUCCAAUCUUAUCACCCAUUGGCGGAUCCACACCGGGGAGAGGCCCUACAAAUGUUUUGACUGCGGGGAAAGCUUCAACGUGAGCUCCAACCUCAUCACGCACCGGAGACUCCACACGGGGGAGAAACCUUAUACGUGCCCCGACUGCGGGAAAAACUUCAUCGUGAGCUCACAGCUCACUAUACACCAGAGGAUCCACACAGGAGAGCGACCCUAUCAGUGUUCCGAGUGCGGGAAAAGCUACAUCCAGAGCUCAGCCCUGGUUAAGCAUCGGAGAACACACAUGGCAGAAAAACCCUACAAGUGCCCCGAAUGCGCAAAAAGCUUCACUGUGAGCACCGCCCUCAUUAGGCACCAGAGACUGCACAUGGGUGAGCGAUCCUAUACAUGCCCCGAGUGCGGAAAAAGCUUCGGUGUAAACUCAGACCUUAUCCGACACCAGAGACUACACACAGGAGAGAGGCCUUAUAAAUGCCUGGACUGUGGGAGAAGCUACACACAAAGCUCAGCUCUGAUUAGGCAUCAGAGAAUCCAUACAGGAGAAAAGCCUUAUAAAUGCCCCAGUUGCGGCAAGAGCUUCAGCCAAAGGUCAAAUCUCAUUAAACACCAGAGAAUCCACACGGGAGAAAAACCGUAUAGAUGCGGCGAAUGUGAAAAAUGUUUUAGCACCAGCUCAAAUCUCGUAACGCAUCAGAGACUCCACACUAGAGUCUAUUAGGGCUGACCAAAGUAGAUAACUUACAUUCGUCAGUUGCCAUCUUGGGUGUUAUGUGUGUUGAUCUCGUGUUUAACCAGGCAAGACCAACCCAAAUCAUCUGGCCCGUGGGGAUUCUGCCUAGCUCUGCAGCCCCUCUGCCAGCCUCUACAAUUCUGGAUACUGCCUAUAUACUCUGGACUCAAUGCCACCCCUGUGAAAACUCAGAGCUUCGCCACCUGCCGGGGAUUUAGUGGAGCAUCUCUGCAUUCUCGGCCCCAUCCCUGC